UUUCUUUUAGGACGUUAUUGAAACAUUCUGUUAACUAUUGUAUAUAUAUGAUGUAAAUAUUUGUGCCGCAAUAUCUGUACAAGUUCUAAUGGUUGUGCGAAUUGUGUGAAUUAUGUGCGAUUUAAUACAAUGAAUAAAUUAUAAGUAUAGAAUAUUAUUGACUAUGAAUUUUUAAAUAAUUGUAAUUAUCACAAGAAUAUUGACACAAACAAUAUUUUAUGUUAAUUUGAAAUAAAAAUGAAUGACUUUGAGGCUUAUGUUACAUGCCCAUAUAACAAAUCACAUCGAAUUUUAAAGUCUCGCUUUCAAAUACACCUCACAAAAUGUAGUAAACAAUAUGAAAAAUGUAUUAAAGAUACUAAAAUUAAUUGUGAAUUUAAUUCAUCACAUUUAUUAGAACCAGAAGAAUAUGAGCAUCAUCUUUCAAUGUGUACAUCUAGAGCAAAUGUAAUAUGUGAGCAAUAUGUACUUGGGCAAGAUGAGCAAGAUAUUGGAAUAAUUUCAUUAGAAGAUGCAUGUAAUGUACAACCAAAUAUAUCUAACGAAGACUGGUCUGGAAAUAAUCCAACAUAUAAUCCAGUAAAACAAACAGAAGAUAAAAAUAUAAUUAGAUUACCAAUUGCUAUGUCAAGAUCAGAAAAAAAAGAAUUUCGGCAACUUGAAAGAGAUAGAAUAUUGUUUCUUGAAAAUAAUAGUAACAUAAGCAAUGAUGAUAGUAAAAUAAGUAUUAUAAAACAGAAAACUGACUUUGAUGAACCAUUAAAAGCUCCUAAACAAUUACCUAAGGCAAUAUUAUGUAAUCAAGAUCUUACUAAUUAUCUUAUUUCUAAACUAAAUAAAGUUUCUAUAGAUAUAGAUAAUAGCUAUAAUUCUUCAAAAAAAGAGAAUUUAAUUUCAAAAAAUAUUUCUGAUGAAGAAGAAAAAGAAAAUAUUUCUAAAGAAGGAAAUAAUGUAGCUGCAUCAUUUCAAACAUCAUUUCAAAACAUAUCUAGUAACAAAAUUUCUGUAGAAAUAGGUAAUAAUUCUUCAAAAAAAGAAAAUUUAAUUUUGAAAAGUAUUUUUGACGAAGAAGAAAAAAAAAAUGUUUUUGAAGAAAAAAACAAUGUAGUUACAUUAUCUCAAAACAUUUCUAAAUUAAAUAGAAUUUCUAUAGAUAUAGAUAGUAGUUUAUCAAAAAAAGAAAAUUUAAUUUUGAAAAAUAUUUCUGACGAAGAAGAAAAAGAAAAUAUUUCUGAAGAAGAAAGUAAUAUAGCUAUAUCAUCUCAAAAUAUUUCUAAGAUUAAAAAAAAUAUUUUAGAAGUGAAGACUGAUUUUAAAACAAAGGUAUGUAUUUCUCGAAAAAAUAAUUCUGAAAUGCAAACAAACUAUGGAAAAAAUAAUAAUCUUCAAUUAAACUUGCAUAAACAAAAUAAAAUUGAAUCUCAAAAUAGCAUUUAUUUAAAAUCAAGAAUAGCAGCAAAUAUUUUUACAGAAGGAAUGAAAAUUAGUACUGGAAGAGGAUUCACUAUAGCUUAUAACUCUUUUUUGAAUAAAAUAAAAUUGGAAGAUAAUGGAAAUUCUCAUGUCUAUGGUUAUGAUGAAGAUUAGAAAAUACUUUAACAAUGCUUACUUAACAAUACGUAAGAAUAUCUUAACAAUGUUAAUUUGCUUAUAAUUUUUUUUCCUAUUCUAUUUUUCCUUAAACCUUUCAAAUAUAUACUUAUAUUUGAAUCAAUAACAAAUAGUUAAAAGAAUUAAUGAAACUACAUAUGUAUAGUUUUCACAAAUUUUUUUUUAUAAUUAUUAAACAACAAUAUGUGAUUUUUUGUUUUUACAUACUUGAUUUGUUAUUAUAUUGUGUUUUUAUUAUAUUUUUGUUAUUAAUGAAUAUGAAUAAAAAUAUGAUCAAUAAAA